AUGGGAACCCUCUCGGCGAGCGACCAGGCGCAAUUGAAGGCCCAACUGCAGGACGCCGUCACUUCGUGCACUGAUCGAUGUCUAUACCAGUCAGCAAAAUGGGCAGCAGAACUUCUCACCUCAUUGCCCUCGUCCGACCCAGCCUAUGGCUCCGACACCGACGUGGACUCGCCAAUGUCCGACGCACCGCCGCCUCAAACCCCUACACACGCUAUUCUCAAAGACCCUAUAGAAGCUCGCUUGGAGGCACGUGAGGUUCAUAAGUUCUUGCUGGCUAAGACCUACUUCGAUUGUCGAGAAUACGACCGAUGCGCUGCCGUCUUCCUGCCCAGUACCUUGCCGAAAGGGGCGGCGAACCCAGUCUCCUUCGAACCAGAGAAAUCUUCCGCGAAAGGCAAGAAGAAACUCAGUACCCCUACAAAAAGACCGUCUUCGAUAGACGCGAUCUCGGGGCUCAGCCAGAAGGCACUAUUCCUGGCUUUAUACGCCAGAUACAUUGCAGGCGAGAAGCGCAAAGAUGAGGACAGUGAAAUGAUAUUAGGUCCUCAGGAUGGUGGCGUUACGCUGAAUAAGGAGCUCAAUGGCAUUUCAAUGAUAUUAGAAGACUGGUUCUCGAAUCUACCAGCGAGCGGUAGGCAAGGCCAAGGAUGGCUGGAAUACCUUUACGGCAUCGUACUAGCGAAGGGCAAGAAUGAAGUUCUAGCCAAGAGAUGGUUCGUUCAAAGCGUACAUCUCUACCCCUACAACUGGGGUACCUGGCAAGAGCUGUCAAGCUUGCUAGGCACUGCUGAAGAGAUGACUCAAAUAACGGAGCAGCUCCCGCAGAACCUAAUGACCUUCGUAUUUCAUGUUUACACAUCUCAGGAAUUAUAUCAGGCCACGGAACAGGUCCACAACGAACUUGCUCAAAUUGAGAGCAUAUUCCCUACAUCGGCAUUUCUCAAGACCCAGAGAGCGCUCUUAUUCUACCAUACCAAGGACUUCGAUGAGGCGGAAUCAAUCUUCUCCAGGCUACUCCAAACGGAUCCUUACCGGAUCGACUCGCUCGACAAUUACUCCAACAUCCUCUACGUUAUGGGUCUCAGGCCCAAAUUGGCUUUCUUAGCUCAGCUUGCCACCGCGACUGACAAAUUCCGACCUGAAACAUGCUGCGUUGUAGGGAACUAUUACUCCCUGAGAUCAGAACACGAGAAGGCUGUCAUGUAUUUCCGACGCGCUUUGACCCUCGAUCGGAACUUCCUGUCUGCAUGGACGUUGAUGGGCCACGAGUUCGUCGAGAUGAAGAACACCCACGCUGCCAUCGAGUCAUAUCGUCGAGCCGUUGAUGUCAACCGUAAAGACUACCGAGCAUGGUAUGGACUGGGCCAGACAUAUGAAGUGCUGGAAAUGCACAGUUACGCUCUUUUCUAUCAUCAACGCGCCGCAUCUCUCCGUCCGUACGACCCAAAAAUGUGGAUGGCUGUUGGCCAAUGCUUUGGCAAAGUCGGGAAAUAUCCAAACGGUAUCCGAGCUUAUAAGCGAGCAUUAGUUGCUGGAAGCUACUACGAUGCCGGUGCUGGAAGCAGUUUUGGAAGUCAAGAAGGCGUCUCAGGUCUUGGCGGUGGUAUUCUCGAUCCUGAAGUCUUGUAUCAGAUCGCGCUCCUCUAUGAGCGUUUAAAUGACAUGCAAGAGUGUGCGGCUUAUAUGGAGCUGACCAUUGCUCAAGAAGAGGGCCCGGAGUUUGACGAGGAUAAUAGCAACGAUGGAGAAGCGACAGGCGUUGGCGUUACACCUACCACAAGCAAAGCGCGUAUGUGGCUUGCGAGAUGGGAAUUCAUGCGUGGUAUGUAUCAACGCAGUAUGGACCUUGCGAACGAACUCUGUCAGGAUGGUGUCGAGGUUGAAGAUGCGAAGGCAUUGGUAAGGGAUAUCAGGGCGAGGAUGGAGCGAGAAAAAGAAGGGACAAAGGCGGCUGUCCAAGCGACAGGAAAGAAGGCACUUGGGUAGCUGCGACGUCUUCAGCCAUGAUGAGUUCUUAGCGAUGCAUAGUUGGAGUUCCGGGUGGAGGUAUGGUUGAUAUUGAUACCCAGUACAGGUUAAUCGAGUUGAAGCUUUACAGCAGUUCG